CAGGCUCCCAAGCCACUGGUCCUCCAGAGACCUAUAAAACGGAAGGUCGAGCGGGCUAACCUGCACACUCUAGGCCCACCGGUGACUGAAGAAAGUGUCUUGUUUCGCACCCCCUGCAACACCUUUAUCUCCCAGCUUGCGACAACCAGAGGACUAUUCGUGGCGUCAACACCAUGAGCGACUCUAAUUAUUGCCAGCUCUUCUACCAGUGUGAUUUGGCCAAUUACGCCAAGGCGAGGUCAUGCAAUGUAGGAGAACUCUUCGACGAAAUUAGUCAAAACUGCAAAGCUCCCCAAGACACAGUCUGCAAAAGCUGGAGCUGCCCGAACUCGUUGAUAAAUUUCCCAGAUCUGUGCUGCGAUAAGUACUGGGAAUGUAACAAUAAUGUUUUUACGCAAAAAGACUGCGGCGUUGGACAGUCAUUUGACAGAGUUAGGGGCCAAUGCGUCAACGGUGUGGCUUGCCAAUCUAACGAAUUGUGCCCAAGCAUACUCGUGAAUAACCCACAACAGACGUCAUGCCCAUUGCAAGCUGCUGCCAACGGCAACCCGUGCUCUUUCAAGUUUGUUAAUAUAGAUGGGGACCUUGCUUGUGCUGCAGGCACAUGGUGGAAUCAAACAGCCUGCACCUGCUCACUCCCUUUGCCGUGCUUCCUUCCGUGUUGAUUUCAGCGGCUCUCAGCUCGUUGCUCUCUCCGACAAGGACAACACUCCCUACCAAGUAAGCGACGGCUUUCUUCUCAACGCUGUGAAUCUUUUCAACAACGAAGCUACCCUCUCUGUCACCCCUGGAAGCUCCCCAUACAUCUACAGCUACUAUUACGUCUCCAACGAACUGCGCUCACCUGUGGCGAUGACUGUCGUGUUCAGACCCAGCGGUGUUCAGCAAGGACAGACUUUCGACUUGAUCUCAAAUUCUUUUGAUCAAAACACCCCUGUAUGCAGCACUGGCGCUGUGUCAGUUAAAGUCACAUACGCUUCCAUCAACAACUUUAACUUUGUGGUCAGUGCCACUGGCAGUUCUGGCACUGUGGAUACUUUCAACUUCAACGUCAACGCCUCGCCCAACAACUUCCUGAGAUUCGUGUUCACCUUCGACAACGUGGUCCGCGCCCAGGUCUUUGAUAUGGGACCCGGUGGAAACAACGCACCUCUCAGUGUCGGCAGCAGGGUCUCUACCGUAGGACUCGGAAGAGCUCUGGCGUUCAACACUUGUGGCCUGACGAUCGGAGGAGGUCUUGACGGUGUCAUCCGCGAGUUCAACGUUUACGAGGGAUGCGGAAACCAAUUCAGCAACCUGCUCCAGAACCCAUAAAGGAACCCGGCACGUCAUUGCGACAUCCCGUGCUAGCUGACCCGUGGGCCGCCUUCACUAGAAUUCAAAUAAUUAGUCUAAAUUUAACUACAACAGAAUUAUUUCGAAAAAGAAUUAGUUAACCACACUUAAUGGACGUUUGACUGUCACAAAAAUCACCUCUACCUGACGUCUCCAUUGUAUGUUUGUUUGUUUUAUUCAAUACAAGGAAUGCUGUUAAUCAGCAUAGCCUGAAAACACUGGACGGAAAAUUAGUUCUUUGUAAUUCACGUACGCUUACGUAUCAACUGUUGUUUGUGUGAAAGCAUUGAGGCCUGUUUGUUCAGUUACAAAAAUUAUCCCAAAUAACAUUAUUCUUAUUCUUUCAUGCAUAUUCUGUUUUGUUUUCGUUUGAUUUUUUUAGAAUAUUAUAUUUACCUCCAUUUCUACAAAUCUGAUUAAUAAAAAAACCCAUCAAUCACA